CGGUCUCUCUCACAAAAGUGGCGCGCCGGCUAACUUGUUUUGACGCGCCCUCUGCCUGAAACAACGACGACGACGACACCACCAAUGCUUGACGUUAACGCCGCAGUCACCGCCAACGACAAAACGAGAACGGGGCCCAAGCUUUUUGUUUGCGCUGGCAUCGCGUGAAACAGUUGCAAGCCUUUGAACGAUCAGCGACGACGCCGAAAACUUUUGCGCGGAUACAUUUUGUUUGUUUGUGCAGCAGCAGGCAGCAGGCAGCAGCAAACCAAGCAGCAGGCAGGCAGGCAGCAGGCAGCAGCUAAGCAGCAAUAGCAGCAGCAACAACAGCAGCCGCAGCAGCAGGCGCCUCCUUGUCGCCAACGUCGUCGCCGCCGCCGUCAACAACGACAGCAACAGCAACGGCAACGGCAACAGCAAACAGCACACAGCAACAAUAACAAUAAACAUCUAUCAGAUCGAGCCAAGAUAUAUAGCAUACAGUUUGCAAGUGCGUCCGGUUUUUGUUGGUUUUAUAUUCAUUUCGCUUCAGUUACCGAGUCUAGUGCAUUUUUUCGCUUGUGUUCCCUUUUUGUCCGUUGCCCAACAAACAUUGUGCAACCUCCAAUCACACCGAGCAGCAUCGAGCAAACAAAACAGGCAACGCAGCAGGCAACGCACCUGCCGUUGCAUCCUCAACACACAAACAUCUAACAGUUUCUCAAAGAUCCCAGUGCAAAUCCCCAGUGUGUCAGUGACAGUGACAAUUGUAACAGCAACAGCAACAGCAACAACAGCAACAAAAAUUGCUGCACAACACUUUCAUUUGGUAAAACAUUUGAAAAGAGUUUAAUCACAAAACAAAAAGCAAUCUAAACAACAACAACAUCAACUACAAAAAGCAAAUGAAUAUUGCUAACAAAUAGUUAAACAAAACAACACAACAAAUACAAUACACAUUUUGACUGUGAAAAGUGCAUUAAGUAAACAAAAAACAAACAAAAAACAAACAACGGCAAUUUCAAUAAUUUUUGUUGCAUAUUUUUUAUUGUUUGCGACGCGCGUGUUUUUGUUUUGUGUUCUACUAUAAUUGUGAUUUUUCCGUAGCAUCAACAGUGACAGCAGCCAGUCCCUGGCCAAACAACAACAACAAAUAAAAAAAAAGAGAAAAAUAAAUAAAUAAAAACGCAUCUAACUUAAACAAGUCAAAUUCUAGAAUUUAUUUUUUUUUUUGGUUUUGCGUAAGUGAAAAUCAAAUUUCAAUCAUUGUACGCCUUAAAACAACAACACCGACGAUACCAAAAGCGACGGCAACAUCAGCAACUGCAACAGCAGCAGCGGCUGUGGCAGCAACAGCAGCAGCAGCAGCAGCAUCAGCAGCGGCAGCAUCUAAAAUGCUAACGGACAUGACCCCGACGGCUGGCCAAUUGUAUGGCUCACAGAUUCCGGCCAUGGCUGGCAUGAAUAUCACAAAUAUAGCAUCACAUCUGCAGAAACCGCAAGUAAAUCCGGAUCAUCCCAGUCUGCGCGGCACUCCGCUGGCCAUGCUGGCCGCCCAGUGCAACAAGCUGUCGAACAAAUCGCCGCCGCCGCUCGCGGACGCGGCUGUGGGCAAAGGAUUCCAUCCGUGGAAGAAGAGUCCCAACUCGCCCGCAGCGGGCAACAGUGGCACAUCCGGUGGAGGUGGAGGUGGAGGCGGAGGCGGAGGCAGUGCGGCCAGCGGCAGCGGAAGCAGCAGCGUUGGCCAGCACUCACCAUGCGCCAUCUCAGCAGCCAGCUCCUCAAGUUCCAGCGGCAGCGGAGGAGGAGACACCGGGCAGGCAGGGACACGGAGCAGCAGCAUCUUAUCGAGUGCGAGCAGCAACAGCACGAUGGUGAACAUCACAGCUAGUAUCUAUCCUUACAGUCGACCUCUGGCCUCGUCGUGCGCCGCCGUCGGCAGCUCACCGGCAGCCAGCGCCUACGGCAGCGAUCUGUACUUUCCCAACACCGCAACCUCCACCGCCAGCAUGGUGGCCGACAAUCAUCACAUGCACCAAGGCCUACUCGGGAAGGUGGAGGGCGCCCCCUUUGGAUCGGUGUACUCACGCCAUCCCUACGAUUGGCCCUUCAAUGCCGUCUCGCACAAAGCAGCCGAAGCGGCCAGCGUCAACUCCGUCAACGGCUGGUGGGACAUGCACAGCGCUGCGGCCGCCGGCAGCUGGCUGGACAUGGGGAGCGCAGCUGUUCAGGCCGCAGGGAUGCACUCGACGAUGGCGAACUAUGCGAAUGCCGCCGCCGCUGGCAGCGAUUACAGUUCGGCGCUGUCGCAUUCGCUCUCGAAUACCGCCCACCUGCUGGGCUCCGGUCAGCAUCUGCUGCAGGACACCUACAAGAGCAUGCUGCCCGGUCAGGGCGUGGGCGUCGGAGUGGGCGUGGGUGGCUUCUCGUUGCCCCACAGCUCGCCAUCAGCGGCAGCAGCGAGCGCUGCCUCGCCACAAACAUCGUCGCCAUCGACGCCAUCGCCGCGGUCGCAGCGUCGCUAUGCGGGACGCGCCACAUGCGAUUGCCCGAACUGCCAGGAGGCGGAGCGUUUGGGUCCGGCUGGGGUGCAUUUGCGGAAGAAGAACAUCCAUUCGUGCCACAUUCCGGGCUGUGGCAAGGUGUACGGGAAGACGUCGCAUCUGAAGGCGCAUCUGCGCUGGCACACCGGCGAGCGUCCCUUUGUGUGCAACUGGCUGUUCUGCGGCAAGCGUUUCACACGCUCCGACGAGCUGCAGCGGCAUCUGCGGACGCACACCGGCGAGAAGCGCUUUGCUUGCCCCGUGUGCAACAAGCGCUUUAUGCGCAGCGACCAUCUGGCCAAGCACGUGAAGACCCACAACGGCACCGCCCCGAAUGGCAUCGGUGGCAUUAAGAAGGGCUCCUCGGAGUCGUGCAGCGAUUCCGAGGAUCCCGCCAAUCAGUCGGGUGAGUCGAACGGGCUGGGCGGCGCGUCCAGUGGCCAACAGACGGGCGCCGUUGGUGGCGGCGGGGGUGGCUCCGCAUCCAGCAGCAAUGGAGCCAGCAAUGGCGGCAAUGGCAAUGGCGGCGGCACAAGCAACGGCCCCGUUGCUGCUGGCUCUAAUCGGUCGGUAGCCGGUGGCAGCCAUCCCGGCACCCCAACCUCGCUGCACGCGCACAGCGCCUCAAGCACGCCCAGCGGCAGCGGCAGCAGCCUGCUGGGCGGCGGUCUGCACCUGGCCACGCCGCACCAGAUGGUCGCCGCGGGCGGCUCGCCGGUGAUGUUGCAUCAGCAGCAGCAGCAGCAGCAGCAUCAACAGCAGCAACAGCAUCAACAACAGCAACAGCAACAUCAACAACAUCAGCAACAACAUCAACAACAACAACAUCAACAACAACAACAACAACAUCAGCAAUUCUCGCAGCAACAUUCCCAUCCACACACGCAUUUACAUCACCAUCAUCAUCACCUGGUCACAGGCGCAUCGGCCUCCAGUCCAGGGCUGGAUCAUCGACUCGAUCACAGCGCCCUGGUCGAUAUCAAGCCGCCGAUGGUUUGAGGUUCGCUGGGACCCUUUCUGUUCACCAAUUGAGCGGAAAUGGGUUCCUGGUUGCCACACAAAUUGCUUCUUGAGCUGCUUCAACAAAAAUAACAAUUGAAAAUGCGACAGCAAAUGAAAAUGAAAUGAAAAACAACUACACUAUAUUGAAUGUAUGUAAUUGUAAUUGUAAUUGUAAUUGUACGUGUCGAGUCCUUAGGUUUUAGACGAAACAAACAGAGCGAGAGAGCGAAAAGUAUCUGGCAGAUACUUUACCAUAUAUAUAUAUGUAUAUAUAUAUAUAUAUAUAUGUGUACGUGUACAUAGAUCGAUAUAUAUAUAUAUAUAUGUAUAUAUGUGUGUGUUGUUAUGUAUAAUCAGCUAUUUAUCAGCUACUUAAUUAAUAACAAUCAAUUUGCAAAUCAAUUCGCAAGACGAAUACAAUUUUUUUUGUCAACUUUUUUUUUUUUUGUGUGUCACAAUUCAGUUUAUAACUUUUGUAUAUAUGUAUUUAACAUGUCUCUAGAUGUCUAUACAUACGCAUAUAUAUAUAUAUAUAUAUUUAAUAAUACGUCUAAACACACACACAUAUAGAUAUUUAUGUCUAAAUCGUAAAUGAUUCUCAAAUAUGGAACCUAUCAAAUAUUGUUCUUGCUAGCGCAAAAGCAAAAUAAAAUAAUUUUGAUAAUUUUUUUUUUUAACUAGCACAUAGAUGUAAUUUUUUUUUUAAUAUUGCAUAAGUAAAAGAAUUAUCUAUUGGCAAAAAUAAGAAAAGAAAGAAAAACAGCAACGUUUAUUAUAUAUAUACAUCAAUAUUACAUACAUAUAUUAUAUUCUGAAUACAAAUAAUGAAAUAUGACAAAAUAAAAUAAAAUGCGAAACUAAACAACAAAACAAACCGAACAAAAAACAAAUGCGAAAUCUGAUUUCAUUACAUGAGAGUCUUAUUAUUGGUUGAUGACAAACAUUAACAAGCAAGCUCAACAAAUGCAGAAGAACAAGAAGAAGAAAACGCAAAAUAUAUUAAAUAUAUAAAUAUAUAUAUAAUUAAAUUAAUAUUUCUAGUCCAAAUAAAGGAAGGCAAAACAAAUCAAUUUUGAUGAUAACUUAAAUAAGGUUACAAAAAAACAAAACUAAAAACAAAACAAAAAAAAAACAAUUGCUUUGCUUAAUACAAAAAUCAACAAA